AGAGCUCCCACUUCCUGGCAAGGCUGGGGCCACGGAGGGUUUCUUUCUCUUUCUUUACUGAUUGCUCAGCUCUGUUCUCGAAGCCCUCCUGAAGAGAGACGCAGCAGGUUCGCCUGGGAGACCCCUCAAAGUACCAACAGGGAAGCAACGGAUGGAGGGCAGGAAGAUGCCUCUGGGGCUCCAUUUGGGCGCCUGGCUGCUCCUCCUGUUCCGCACAGCCAGGCUUGUGGAGGGAGAGGUGAAAGAAAUCAAGGUGAAAAUCGCUUCGGAGAACGUGUUUCUCAUAUGCCCGGAAGAGAAAUCCCAGUGGUGGGACACUAAUUCCCAACUAGGAAACAAGAGCACCCUGGACAUCUCUGGCCCAGAUAAUCUGCUUGAGAUCGAAAGGGGGAAAGAAUUUUCCUGUGGACAAAAUAGCAAAUCCUGGAAGAUUUAUCUGAAGAUCAAAGGGUGCAAGGACUGUGUGGAGCUGAGCUUCGGCCUCGGGGCUGGCAUCAUUGUGGCUGACCUCCUGCUCACCCUGGGAGUCCUGCUCCUCGUCUACUUCUGCAGCCAGAAGCAGCAGGCCCUCUUCAAGCCAGGUGCCCCACGGCGGCUACAAGGACAGCAAGCAGACCACCCCCCGCCUGUCCCAAAUCCAGAUUAUGAGCCGAUCCGGAAGGGCCAACGGGAGGUGUAUGCUGGUCUGGAGCCCCAGGCUUUCUGAGAUGCUGCCUCACUUGCCAUGGCAAGAUGCCAAAUGUUCUGGCUGGCCGCGAGAGUCCCCAGAAGUGCCUGCCACUUUCUUCUCCUGUUUGCACUAACCGCUGACCUUCCUGGUGGGGGAACUCCAUUUGUGCUGAGUUUUGCAGCUAGAAAAUCAGGUGGCUUGGAGAGCUGCAUCCCAGGUGGAGCAGAGAGCUACAGGAUGCCCAGAGGGCUUCUCAGACUGCAGGUCUCACCUAGGCAAGAAAGGGGCACCAUAGACGCCUCUUCUCUCGGGUGGGGUCACUCAGCCACAGCACUGCUGCCCCAAGUGCACGCAAACUCCGCAGCUCCCGUCUCGUCUCCUGGGCAGAGUCUGCUGUUCUGGCUGGGGUGCCCAGGAAGUGUCCACUAGAGCACCUGAGAUGGCAUGCCCAGUUGGUCAAUUUGUGCUUCAGGAGUCUUAAGCCCACUUGCCCUGGCAGGGAACCCCAUGAUGAAAAGAAGGCCUGCUUUUACAUUUGUUUUGAUUGUGCUUGCAAAGAAUCCUAAUAAAGCUCCGUUCCAUUCACCCCA